AUGUCGAGCGCUCUUGAACAACUAAAGGCCACUGGCACCGUUGUCGUCAGUGAUACUGGUGACUUCGCUUCCAUCGGCAAGUACAAGCCCCAGGAUGCCACGACCAACCCCUCUCUCAUCUUGGCCGCUUCCAAGAAGCCCGAGUACGUCGCUCUGAUCGACAAGGCCGUUGCCUACGCCAAGGCCAAGGGCGGUUCUGCCAACGACCAGGUCGAGCUGGCUCUUGACCGUCUUCUCGUUGAGUUCGGUACCGAGAUUCUCAAGAUCAUCCCCGGCAAGGUCUCCACCGAGGUCGAUGCCAGCCUUUCCUUCGAUACCCAGGCUUCCGUUGCCAAGGCCCUCAAGAUCAUCAAGCUUUACGAGGAGGAGGGCAUCUCCAAGGACCGUAUCCUCAUCAAGGUUGCCUCCACCUGGGAGGGCAUCAAGGCCGCCGAGAUCCUCCAGCGCGACCACGGCGUAAACUGCAACCUCACCCUCAUGUUCUCCCUCGUUCAGGCCAUCGCCGCCGCCGAGGCUGGCGCCUUCCUCAUCUCCCCCUUCGUCGGACGUAUCCUCGACUGGUACAAGGCCGCGACCAAGAAGGAGUACACUAAGGAGGAGGAUCCCGGUGUCGCCUCCGUCAAGAGCAUCUACAACUACUACAAGAAGUUCGGCUACAAGACCAUCGUCAUGGGUGCCUCUUUCCGUAACACUGGUGAGAUUACCGAGCUCGCUGGCUGCGACUACCUCACUAUUUCUCCUGCCCUUCUUGAGACGCUCAGCACCUCCCAGGAGGCUGUCCCCAAGAAGCUCGACGCUGCCGCCGCCUCUGCCCUCAACAUCGAGAAGAAGACUUACAUCAACAACGAAGCCGUCUUCCGAUUCGAUUUCAACGAGGAGCAGAUGGCCGUCGAGAAGCUCCGUGAGGGCAUCAGCAAGUUCGCUGCCGACGCCGUCGUCCUCAAGGACAUCAUCAAGGCCAAGGUUGCUGCUUAA